ACCUGCAUAUCCGCAUUGCUCUAUGAAGUUUUGCCUAUAUCCCCAUACAUACACCGCUCGGUAUGCCGUGUAUAUAUAAACCCGAACACCCGAUCCUCCCAUGGUAUCAGGUCUUCCGUAUCCUUUCAUAAAGUCGUCAAUCCCCACCGUCGACAAACACGUCUCGUAACGCGCGUCACGAAUCGAAAAUGCCUGGCGCACCGAACGCCCACCAGGCUCACAUAUGUACAAGAAGCGAAUGCUGUCCCACCCCGCCAAUUUCUAUCCCAUGUCUAUAUCCACCUCCGUCACCGGUACGCACCUACAAACACCCCCAUCCCCUCCGCCGGCGCCGUCAUAACCGGUCGCGCAUUCUCUCCCACCCGCACCACCGCAGCGGCAUCUACGGGCUUCUCGUUUGCGGGUUCGAUAUCGUCGGGGAGGGUGAACAGCGGGAACGGGAGAGGGGUGUUGGGGGAUUGGGGGUCGGAGGGAAGCGUGAAGGUUGGGGUGACGGGAGGAGGCGGAGGUGGAGGUGGAGGGGGGUGGAGUUGGGUGUGGAGGGGAAUUCGAGUGCGCGCACGGGUGCGGGAGCGGGUGCGGAUGUGAGGGAUGGUGUUGGUCUGGUGGGGGAGGUUAGUGGCCGGGUCCAGCGGGUGUCGUAGGAUAUGAGAGAGAGAGAGAGAGUAAGGAAAAGGACUUGGAAGUAGAGAGUCGUGACGGCGUCGGAAAAUCCCGUCAUAGGCCGUGAGUCGUAGCGAUCGUGGAGUCAUUAGAGGAGAUUGGCAACGUGGAAGAUCCGGGGGGUGGCGAUGUUGAUGAAGGAAUGAAUGCCUGAGUCGACAUUCCAUGACU